AUAAGUGCCAAGAUGGAGGUAUUCCUGGUCCUCUCUGCUCUGCUGCUGGCCAGCUCCGUCAGCUCCCAGGACGUCCCAUACGAGAACACCCUGGCUCAGCUCCAGGCGUGCCCCAAGGAGUGCCGCUGCGCCCCCAGCUUCCCCCACGCCGUGUACUGCGACAACAGGGGCCUGAAACGCAUCCCCGCAAUCCCGCCGUACACCUGGUACCUUUACCUCCAGAACAACUUGAUCGAUGUGCUCUCCGAGGAGGCCCUGCGGAACGCCACCCAGCUCAGGUGGCUGAACGUCAACCGGAACAAAAUCACCAGUGAGGGCGUGGAGGAAGGAGCACUGCGGGCAAUGUCCAGCCUCAUCCACCUCCACAUGGAGGACAACCUGCUGACCGCCGUGCCCACCCCACUCCCUGCCUCCCUAGAGCAGCUCCGGCUAGCCAGGAACAAGAUCUCCAAAAUCCCCUCAGGGGCCUUCUCUGGGAUGGGCCGCCUGGCCCUGCUGGACCUGCAGGGGAACAAGCUAGGCGACGAGGCUGUGAACGAGCAGAGCCUGAAGGGCCUGACCGCGCUGGUCCAGCUCAACCUGGCCAAGAACAGCCUGAAGACCAUGCCUGUGGGCCUGCCCGCCACCACCACCCAGCUCUUCCUGGACAGCAACGCCAUCGAGAAGAUCCCCGAGGGCUACUUCAAGAGCCUGCCCAAGGUGGCCUUCAUCCGCCUCAACUACAACAAGCUAGAGAACGGGGGCCUCCCCAAGAACGUCUUCAACCUCACCGGCAUCCUGGACCUGCAGCUGUCCCACAACCAGCUGACGGAGGUUCCCAACGUCCCCCCGAGCCUGGAGCACCUCCACCUGGACCACAACAAAAUCAAAAGUGUGAAUGCAAGCGACAUCUGCCCUGUGCCCAUCAGUGAGUUUGACGAACGCCCCAACGAGACCGGGCCCCGACUACGCUACCUUCGCCUCGACGGCAACGAGAUCAAGCCUCCCAUCUCCAGGGACCUCAUGGUCUGCUUCCGGCUCCUCAGAGCAGUUGUGAUAUAA